UGAUUUUUGCGAUAUUUGUGAGAUGAUUUCAGCUGAUAAGUGAAAAAAUGAUUAGAAUACGAGGUGACAAAGUUAUUUCCUCGGUAUUUCAGUGGUAAAAGUGGUGUAUUUGGGUGGAAUUUGCGUGAAAACUGGCGGAUUGUUUGGCUUCAACGGCUGAAAUGUCAAAAUCAUCCGGUGGAUUGUGAGUCGCAAAAUUCUCAAAAUUCAAUGCUGAAGCGUGAUGUUGAGCAACAUUUUCCCAUGAAACUUGGAAAAGCAGGAAAAAUCGGCGUGUGUUGGACAGUGAUUACGGUAGCUGGAGUGUACGCAUUUGUCCUCUCGAAGCGCUCAAUUGAUAAUCGACGCUAUGAGAACAUGAAAGUGAGGGAACGCAUGAGAAAAUCCAACUUUGGCGAAUACACACCGAGUUCAAGGAAGUUUGAGUGA